GUUGAGCAGUGUACAACCUGCCCCACCAUUCAUGGCAGCCCUGUCACUCCUAGAAUCUCAUCUGAAGCUUUGCAGAUUUGAGCGGGAGCAGAAUGACACCUUCAUCAUGGAGAUUCUGGACAUUGCUCCAUUCACCAAGAUGCGGAUCCGAAUUGAUGGCCUGGGCUGCCGGCCCGAGUGGUUCCUGGAGAGGAUCCUCCUGAAGAACAUGAAUACUGGAGACCUGACCAUGUUCUACUAUGGAGACUGGCUGUCCCAGUGGAAGGGCAAGAAGACCCUCGUGUGUGAAAUGUGUGCUGUCGUUGAUGGGGAGGAGAUGAUGGAGUGGACCUCCUACACUGUCUCAGUCAAGACCAGUGACAUCCUGGGAGCAGGCACCGAUGCCAAUGUGUUCAUCAUCAUCUUCGGGGAGAAUGGGGACAGCGGGACCCUGGCCCUGAAGCAGUCAGCCAACUGGAACAAGUUUGAGCGGAACAACACAGACACAUUCAACUUCUCUGACAUGCUGAGCCUGGGCCACCUCUGCAAGCUGAGGGUCUGGCAUGACAACAAAGGGAUCUUUCCUGGCUGGCAUCUGAGCUACAUCAAUGUGAAGGACAACUCGCGUGAUGAGACCUUCCGCUUCCAGUGUGACUGCUGGCUCUCCAGGGGGGAGGGAGACAGGCAGACGCUCCGUGACUUUGCCUGUGCCAACAACGAGAUCCGUGAGGAGCUGGAGGAGACCACCUAUGAGAUCGUCAUAGAGACGGGCAACGGAGGCGAAACCAGGGAGAACGUCUGGCUCAUCCUUGAAGGCAGGAAGAACCGAUCCAAAGAGUUUCUUGUGGAAAAUUCUUCCCGACAGCGGGCCUUUAGGAAGGGAACCACAGACACAUUCGAGUUUGACAGCGUCUACUUGGGGGACAUUGCCUCCCUCUGCGUGGGCCACCUCGCCAGGGAGGACCGGUUCAUCCCCAAGAGAGAGCUGGUCUGGCACGUCAAGACCAUCACCAUCACCGAGAUGGAGUACGGCAACGUGUAUGUACUGUGCCUCUGCCCCUCCCCCCCGGAAGGAAGAGGCAGUGGUAGUGUUCUGGAGCUUUCUGAGCCGUGGGCCCACCCUCAGAGGCAGGGACUAGAGCAGAUGAGCUUGGAUACUCCAGCCUUUUAA